GUACCUGGACCCCUGAGCUAAUACUUGCUUGACAGAUAAUCCAACGUAGCAUGUAUCCAUGCCCAGUAACGCACGUUUACCUAUAGAAAAAAGACUGCUCACUUCUCUCCUACAUUUCUAGAUACGCCACCCCCAAACUCGAUGCCUCUUGCAGAAACGUAUAUAUCGACCAGAUGAAGUAAUUCUCGAGGAAUAAGCAUAGCAAUAGAAGGAAAUCAGAUGGAAAUAAUGAGUAUUAGUCAUCACAACUUAUGUAAAUCUAGCUGCGACUUCCCGAAUGACUCAUUUUCUUGAAAACAGACGGGUAUAUAAGAUGUGCUUUAGUUAUGCAGGGCAAUAGCACCUGCAAAAAGCAAUCGGCAAGGCCUCUAUAUCAAUAUAAUAACACACUUCGCGGUUGCUUGCAGUUUGCGUUACACGAAAAGCGGGAAACAACAUGAAAUCCAACAAGCCUGUUCAAUUCGACGGGAGGACCGGUGAAGGGGGCGGUCAAUUAGUCAGGAUCGCAUGCGCAUUAUCGGCGGUAACAUUGCAGCCUAUUCGUGUAUACCAUGUGCGAGGAAACCGGGAAGGACAUCGUGGCGGCGGUCUGAAAGCGCAGCACGUAGCCGCCAUCCAGUGGCUUGCAGACGCUACCCAAGCAGAAGUUGAGGGCCUAUCAGUGGGCAGCCACACCGUGGAAUUCAAGCCAACAUUGCCUCCUACAGCCCUUAAAUCUCGGAAAUACGAAAUUGUGGCGGGAAGUAGCGCCUCGAGCACCCUGCUCAUCUUCCAAGCCAUAUUCCCCUACCUCCUAUACGCCGGAAACGAAGCCGGUGAUCCGGUAGAGCUAGAGAUCCAUGGAGGAACAAACACGUCUUUCUCGCCAUCCUUCGAAUAUCUCGACCAAGUCUUGCUUCCAACCCUGCACGAUAGAUUCGGUAUCAAUGUCGAGAGACAAGUGAAGAAACGCUCUUGGGCGAGUGGGCCCCGUAGCCAGGGGUCCAUCUGGCUAAGAAUCCAAACCCUUCUGCUGGGACACUCACUAAAGCUGCAGGAACCAUGGAAUAAGCCAAUCACAGUCGAGGAUUUCAAGAUCAAGCGAAUCGAUGUGAGCAUAUUGGUGCCACCCACCCUCCGAGAGCCUCUUCAAAAUGCCCUUACGAACGACAUUGGUCAACUAUUUCCCGAGGUGGAUAUUCGCUUCGUGGUCGACGAAGAUAGCGGACAUGACGCACGGAUGUAUACUUUACUCGUAGCUCAUUCACAGACUGGUCUACGGUGGGGCCAGGAUUACCUCUACGAUCGACCGAGGAGGAAAAAAACACCAGAAGCUCUGAGUGCUGAGAUAUCGCGGAAGGUUUGCAAAGAUCUUUACAAGGAAAUAUCGAUUCGAGGAGUCGUCGACGAAUACCUACAAGAUCAAAUGGUCGUAUUCCAAGCUUUAGCAGAGGGCCGAACCAGUUUCCCUCGAGGCAUCGAGUUGAUACACCCCAGCACAGAAAGCAAAAGUCCUGGUGAGGUAGGGGAUUUGGAGGCAUCUCUUAAGGAUUUGAAGCUAGGGGAUAGGAUGAGGAAGGACAAGACCGACGAUCCCUUUGGUGAAGGAUCUACACACACCACGACAGUCAGAUGGGCGGCAGCUCGCUUACUGCCUGGCGCGCAGUGGUUUAAUAAGGGUACUAUCUGCGAUGGCGCUGGCAUAUCCUUUCCUUAAUGGAGUGUCGUCGACACCUAUAUUCUAUUCCCGCGGCCUUGUGCUCUCAGUCAUGUGACACUACUGAUAUUGAUAGGUAGUGCCUAAAUAGUAACGAGAGAUUUGCCCAUUUCCAUCGAGUAUUCGAAUCACUACCUAAGUAGGGUGCGAGCCAACUUCUAAGCAAGGGCAAUUUGAUUCCAUCCGCGUGUGCGAUGGCUGACAGGAAUUACUACCGGUCUAUUGUUCGGCAUGAUGCAUGAUAGGGGAAACCCUAAGUCUCAUCGUUGAACGGCCAGGGACCGAUACUCAGCGAUGUUGACGCGUCAUCUCGCAUUACUUCUACAAGGUGUCUAAGUUAAUGU